AGUUUUUAGGUUUAAAGCAUGAUAGUUGGAAUCUUAGAGAUUCUUGGAUCGUUCAGUCUCAAAAUGACCUAGACUGGAAUAAUACAAGGCUUUAAAUAAGAGCAGCUUUAAAGAGUACAAACUGACAAGAUAGUCUGGGAAGCUGAGACCCAACAAGAUACUAUGAACAAUGAAAUGAAAGGCCCAUAUAAAAAAUGUUGUAACCCAAAACUCAUCAUGAUUACAAUAGUCUGAAAAAACAGGGUCUCUCCUGCUGCUAUACAAUAAACAAAUAAGUUCAUUGUUAGUGUAACAUUUGAUCUCAAAGCGGCACAGUCGUGGGAAAUCAAAUAAUGACACAGGAGAGGCGUCUGUAAUCUGCAGGAUAAAAGAAAGCUGAAGCCAGACAUCAGGCUGAACACGGCAGCUGGUCCUGAACGAGGCUAAACUAUAGUACUGCACCACAGAUUACUUGCUGAUCAAGUAAUCUGUGCGAAGAAUCUACAAAAGAAAUCAACUCGGCCUGGAAGUCUAUGUUCUGCAGAUGAAGGUUCCCUCAGCCACACUCCCACUUCAUCACCGUCGCCAUGAAGUUGCUCAGUAUAUCUCUCGCACUCUGCGCCAUCCUGACCUUAAGCCGAGCCAACCCCAUCAACUCCACCAUCCCCACCAUCUCCAGACAAAUGGGCCUUUGCGAGUACAUAAACCAGCACACCAUCCAACAUAUCGGGGCGUUUGUUCCGCAGUGUGACAUGAACGGGAAUUUCCUACCGCAGCAGUGCUCCGGGUCGACUGGGUACUGCUGGUGCGUUAACAUCCUCACCGGACAGGAGGUACUGAACACAAGGACGCCACCGGGGGUCACGCCUGUUAAUUGUGAAGGUGAAUUCAACUGCCCCUUCGGCUGGUCCCACUUUGCCGGAAAAUGUUACAUCUUCCACGACACCCCAAAGACAUGGAUAGAAGCUGAGGCUUACUGUUUGUUUGAAGAGGCAAACCUGGCGUCAAUCCACAGUUAUGAGGAGAAUCGCUUCGUCCAGGCUUUGACCAGAAUUGAAACCAGUUUCCCUGAAACCUGGAUCGGUGGCCAAGAUGCUGUAUACACCUCUUUUUGGAUGUGGUGUGACGGCUCCAAGUUUGACUUCCAGAACUGGUUCAAUCCCCACAGUCUUCCCACAGAUGAGCACUGUCUGAAGAUGAAUUAUGGAUUUAACUGGAAGUGGUUCCCUGCCACAUGCACAGAGAGUUACCCGUUUGUUUGUUCCAAGCGGGCCUGAACUCAGAGCUGACAGUCAAAAACGGACUUCUACGCCUUGCUGGAUCCAACAGUCGGAGUUUCUCCCACUGCUCUCUUUCCUUGUUUUUGUCGUUUAUGAUCAACAGAUUCUGCACACACCUGAAAAGCUUUGGUUCAUCCUGAUUAUGAGCCAGACAGUCUAAUUUGUAAUUUGUUCUGUGUGCUAUAUCUGAUGCAGGAAUUGUAAUUCUAGUAUCAACAAAACUUAAGAAUAUUUUGAAAUUAUAUCAAUAAAAGAAAUGCACAGCACUAAACUGCCAAGUAGUGGUCUGUGUCACAAAAUAAGACGCCUGAAUUUACAACAUAAGAGUAAUAAGUCUAUUUUUUGUGACUUUUCUGUUUUUGUGUCAGUAGAUCUGGACUCUGCUGACUCGUAGUGAGUAUCAGACACAUGAGUCAUAAUGUGUGGCAUGGCUUUAAAUUUGAAAAAUCGGUUUUACACAGUGACACUGUGAUUCUCAGGUUUACAUUGUGGGGAAUCUGAUCUGUCCACACUUUCAAAUGUGCUAAUUUGAUCCCCAGAUAGGAUUAAAGUUGAAUUUCUUGUCUGACAUUAGAAUAAGAGUUUUGUUCAGAUAGUGGUUAUAAAUUAGAUGAGGAAAAAACACAAAAAUAUGAUAUAUGGCAAAAACAAAUCUGUUUGUUUAACGUCUGUGAUUUCGUAACUCAGCACCACGGACCUUUUGGACUUGGACAAACAUUAGUUGCUCACUUGACCUUAUUUUCCCGACAGUGAUUGAACAACUGCGACGUCUUCACAAAAAAAGCUUUGACAGUAUUCACAGUAACAGGACAUGUUAUUCUAAUAAUAUCAUCAAACAAAACCCAAUGUUCAAAAUCUACA